AUGGCACCUAGUAAGGAGUGGAUGAAUCUUGUCAAUGAUCGACUUAAUGAAGCUUAUCAAAUAGGGGUACAAAAGUUUCUAGAUUAUGCUUUAAAGAAGUUGGGUGCCAAAAAUAAGAUUCGGUGCCCAUGCACAAAAUGUUGCAAUACUGAUCUUGGAACUCGUGAGUCUAUUGAGGCACAUCUAAUGAUACAUGGAAUAUCUGAAGGGUAUACAUUUUGGUAUCAUCAUGGUGAACUAAGCAAUGAGCCUCAAUCUGAGUCUGAGGAUGAAGAAAAUGAGAUCUUACAAUAUGAUACUAGUGCUCCAGAUGAUAGUGAUGAUGAGAUCCAACAAUUCAUAAAUGAUUUAUACCCUCAGUUUAAAGGAUUAGAUGAAAAUAAUGAAGAUGUUGAAUUUCCAAAUACCCAAAAUUUACUUGAAAUGGAGCCGAAUAAUGGAGCCAAACAAUUUUACAAGUUGAUAGAUGACCUUGAGCAACCAAUAUAUCCUAGUUCACUAGUUUCAAGAUUAUCUGCAAUUCUUAAAUUGUUGCAUAUCAAGAGUCUUGGUCGUUGGAGUAAUAAGCCAUUCACUAUGUUGUUGCAAUUGUUAAAAGAACUCUUACCUGAAGGGUCUUUCUUACCAAACUCAUACUAUAAUGCGAAAAAGGUAUUACAUGACAUUGGUUUGUCUUAUGAAAAGUAUGACUCUUGUGUGAAUGAUUGCAUGUUGUAUUGGAAGACCGACAAUGGAUGUGACUGUUGCAAGGUAUGUGGUGCUUCUCGAUGGAAAAAAGAUUAUCGUAGUGGAGAAUUUAAGAUGAAAACAAAUGGCAAGAAAAUACCAGUAAAAAGUCUAUGUUACUUUCCAUUAAAGUCACGACUUCAGAGGUUGUUUAUGUCUUCCAAGAUAGCCUCUUCUAUGAGAUGGCAUUUUGAUAAAAGAGUAGAUGAUGGAGUGAUAAGACACCCAGCUGAUUCAAUGGCGUGGAAGGAUUUUGAUAAAGUCCAUCCAAAUUUUGCCUCAGAACCUCGUAAUGUUAGACUUGGUCUUGGUAGUGAUGGCUUUCAACCUUUUUCUAAUUCAAGAACACUGUAUAGUAUAUGGCCAGUAGUGCUUAUUCUGUAUAAUGUGGAGCCUUGGGUUUGCAUGAAGCCGUCUAAUUUCCUUUUGUCAAUGCUUAUCCCAGGACCAGAUGGACCAGGGGAUGCAAUUGAUACUUAUCUCCAACCUUUGAUAGAUGAAUUAAAGGAGUUGUGGGAAUUGGGUGUCGAAACCUUUGAUGUGUCAACAAGUCAAAAUUUUACGAUGCAUGCAGCUUUGAUGUGGACGAUUAAUGACUUCCCUGCUUAUGGGAUUUUAUCUGGAUGGAGUACAAAAGGAAAAUUAGCAUGUCCUUGUUGUAACAAGAAUACUUUUUCGACAAGGCUUACUAACGGUGGGAAACAAUGUUAUAUGGGUCAUCGACGUUAUUUGCCUAUGAAUCACAAAUGGAGAAAUAAUAGGGUUUCUUUUGAUGGUACAAGGGAAAGAGGGGUCGCUCCAAACUUACUUUCUGGUGUAGAUGUUCUAAAGCAAGUUAAUAUGAAAGAGACAAAGGAUAAGGAAGGCUCAAAGACUGGUAAACAUGUCUUCAUACCUCCAGGAAAAGAAAUGGGAGAUCAUGGUCAUAAUGAUUCAGUUAGUAUUGGAUGCGCAGAAAAAGAAAUAGAAAAUCAAAGUCAUGAUGGUUUAGGCCGUAUUGAACGCACUGGGAAAGAAAGACAAAAUCAGUCAACUAAUGAUUCCCAAUGUCUUCCAGACAAUACACUAAUUGAUGAAACUGCACCACAGCCUAAUGAAGUUGAACCGCAUCCACAUCAAUCACCAAUAAAAAAGAAAGGACGAGUGGAAAAUGAUGACAAACAGAGAAGAGUUCGAGGAAUGAACAAGAACAAAAGAGUUGCAGCUCUGAAAAAUGAUGACCGACUAGAAGUAACUUUCUACAAAAAUCGAGCUAUUGGACCUAAUCACGAGGCUUUUUCAAGACAUUUGGGACAAUAUUGUUCGUGA